UUUUUUUGCAAUUUGGACAAGACAUGGAAAUCAAUGUUUCUUCCAUGCAAGCACUUAAAAAUGCACAUGCUGCUUCUGGCACUAGCAAGGAUCUGGGUUCUCAAAUGACUGACAGUCCUUACCCCACGUUUAAAGUAGGUUUCUUUUCUUCUCUGAUCCAGAGUCUUCUUAAGAGCAAGCAAUUGCCAAAGCCCCAGAACAGAUAAAAUAUCCAGUAGCGGCUUCAGUUGUAGCAUACCUAAACCUCUGAGAGGCUCAGUACUUGAGCUCUGGUGUUAGCAGGGAGAAUCCAUGCUCCUCUCUGCUGGUUACCUGUUAUGCUGAUUCAGUGUCUCAUUUCUGACAGGAGCCACUUUCAGAGAAUACAGUGCUAUAAAGUGCUCUCUCUGGGUUUCAGAGCUCCUUAACUGAAAGAAUUAAUGCUGCAGUGGUGUAGCAUUUAUCACUGUACAGGUAACCACUGCUGUCUAAUACAAGUUUCUACCUAACUGGUCCUUCUGAGACCAGUUCUGGAAGCUGUCCAAGCAGCUUCCGCUGGUGGUUCUCUAGGAUUCAGGAGCUUGUGGAACAAGUUAAAGAAAUACCAGACACAAAUUGCUUUGACUGAAAGGGUCUGCAUGAUUGUUUUAUUGAAAGCAAGCAUAAAGUAGCUGAAACCUAUUCAAGAAAGAAGAAUUUGGGUCACAGUUGCACAAGAUAAGCGCUUUUAUAGCUUUGGCUAAUAUCCUAAACUAAAGCUAUUGAAAAGGGUUUUUUUUCUGAGUGGUAUGAAGAAUGAAGACAUGGUUAAAAUGGAUUUCCUUUACACAAGUGAUAUGAAAGGUGAAUAUUUCACUCAUUUUCAAUCAAGUCAUCAUGCUGUCAUUAAAAAUCUCAGAGGUUCAGCCUUGUGGAAGGAUUUAAAGGCGGCACUUCAACAAUAAUCGGAUUAGAAGGACUUGCAUAGCUCCAUGGUCUGAAAAAGAGAUAAAAGAAACCAGAGUUCAAACUUGCCACAAAGCAAGGCAGUGAGCUGUGUGGUGCACAAUCAACCCACGACUCUGAGCCUGUGAUUUUGACAAUCACCUGGAGCAGGGAUGCCUGCAGACUUCAAUGGGUACUGGAAAAUGGUCAGCAAUGACAAUUUUGAGGAGUAUCUGAAAGCACUAGAUGUAAAUGUUGCUGUAAGAAAAAUAGCAAACUUGCUAAAGCCUGACAAAGAAAUCCUUCAGAACGGGGAUCAUAUGAUCAUUAAAACGCUAAGCACUUUUAGAAACUACAUCAUGGAAUUUGAUAUAGGGAAGGAGUUUGAGGAGGAUUUAUCGGGGGUGGACGAUCGCAAGUGCAUGACCACUGUGUCUUGGGAUGGAGAUAAGCUGCUCUGCGUUCAGAAUGGAGAGAAGGAAGGCCGUGGUUGGACCCAGUGGAUUGAAGGAGAUGAAAUGCACCUAUUAACAGGACCUGAAAGAAGAUGCCUGUUCUUUUGUCCUAUACCUCUUUAUAGCAUCCUCACUCCCUCAUCAGUGUGGGUAAAAGGCAGUGUUCCUGCUGGGAUAAUAAACUCCAACCUCCAUUUCUCCUCACUGUGCAGUACUAUUAGCAUUCAGCAAUCUAAAUGGAUAUUUUCUAAAUGUUCAAAUCAGUAGCAGAGUUAUGAAAUCCUUGCAGAAGUACCCCAAGCCCCUUAUUACUAAACAUAAUUUUGAGGAAUAUUGGCAGUCCCAGAAUCCAGUUUAGGAGAGAAAUGGAUGUGGCAGAUCUUCCCACCUGGACUUGGUGCAGCACAGGAAGGGAGAAGGUUGCUGUGUAAGAGAGGACUUCGUAGCUGAGGCCAUGGGCUCACCUAGAGGAGGGGAGGCAGCAAUUAAAAGGAGAUGCCCGAAUUUCCUGUGCAUGCACAACUCCCUCCAAGAAGCACCUUUCAGUGUUCCCACACUCCUCCCAGUUGCACAGCAGGCAGGGCCAUGGCAGCAGGCCCCAGCCCUUGCAGCUUCUCUGCUGGCAGACAGGUCCCAGAUUCCCGUCACAGAGCCUGCCCCAAGUUCAGCUCACACCUGGCUGCCCCCAGCCUUGCACAUCUGUGCAUUCCCCUGCACUUACAAACAAUAGCACCAGUUGCUCUUGGAUUUCUCUGGACUGGCAUCCUGCCUUCUGGCCCUUGCCAGCUGCCAGGCAUUAUCUCUUCCCAUCUUCUGUCCUCAACACCAAUUCCUUCAGCCCUGGUCUCUGCUAUCCUUACUCUGAUUCCUGCUCUAGCCACACAGCCUGGCCAGGGAUUUCCAUGCCCAGAGCACUUUCUAGACUAGUCCCUGUCAGGAGGUUGAUUUUAGAAGUCAGAAGCUCAGAUUCAAUUGCUUGAAUACUUGUGUCUUAUGCCAGUUUAGGUAGCCCAGGGUAACCUGAGUGCUCUGGUACUGCUUUUCAAAAGGCUGGGAAGAAUUCUGGAUCAUACCUGCCAGCUCAUGCAUUCAUUCAUUGGCAUUUGGAAAAUUUACCACAAUCUGUCUCCCAUGUACCUAGAAGUCAAUACAAAAUUAAUUCAUGCAAAGGAAGUAACCAAGUAUUUUAGAGCCCACUCCUCCAUAUUUCAAUUUUCUCACUCCUUGUAUUUAAUGAAUUUGAAAAGAUGUCCUCCUUAUUUCUCUAAUCCUUGUUAAUGCAGCUCUCUCCAUUAAAAGUACAGUAGAGUCCCCUUUAGUAUCUUAUUUUUGACCAGCUAAGAUUACUAGGUCCUGUCCUUUUGAGAGUGCUCUGAUACAAUGAGCAGUUACCUUUAAAAAAUUGGUACUUCAAUAGCUUUAUGAUCCUAUUGAACUUUACACACCAAGCCAAGUGUUAAUUUACUCUUUUCACAUUUCUGCAGAGAGUAGGACCACAUCCUUUAGUAGUUUAUUGCUUCCUAUUUUCUUCAUUUCAUUCUGUGGUCUGUACUUUGUAGAUCUUUUUAGAUUUUAUUUUAUGUGAGUGACCAUUCCCCGUUUCCUUUUGAGUUUUAUUGCCCUUUUCUAUUGUAUUGAUUGCUUCUGCUCUGCAGUUUUUGUCACUGUCAGCAGAUCUCUCAGCCCUUAUUGCACACUCCUUCUUCUGGGUUACCUCUGCAGGAGUGAACAGAACAGGUCCUAAGUAAAGUCAGUGCAUUAGUCUGUUGUUCCACCAACUCAGCAUUAAGCACUUUCUCUUAUUUGGGCUCAACAACAUAUGUCAAUUAAGGUUAUUGACCUAAUUUAAGGUUUUUUAAAGUCAUUUUGUUAAAGUCCCCCAUAAGAAAUGUGCACAACUUCCUCAAAAUAUUCCAUGAGCUUUAUUAAAAAUCUCAUAUUGAGCUGGAAAGUGCAUCCCUUUGCUAAGUCAUGCAUAAGCACUGUCUUUAUGUCCCUUAAGAGCUUCCACACUUUUUUCUUGCACCUAAACCUUGCCACAAGCACACACCCCAGGCACACACCUGUGUGCACUUCUCAGGUCAAACUUGAGGAGUUUCAGGAAUGGGAAUGGGUGAACAGGUGAGCACCAGCAGCCUCACAAAUCCGAGCCCAGGAUGGAAACUCUGCCCCUACUUGUGCCCAGCUCACGGAGAUCCAGAGAUCAGCAAGGGGGAGGGGGUUGGAAACGCCCUUGUGGAGCUCAAAGGAACAGCUUUGUGCAUCCAAGGUGCUCAGGCCCAGGCAAACCUCACUGCUGUGCUGGUUGACAGACCUGGAGCACAUCUUCUGUACACAUGGCCUUUUGUGGCCAUGAGCUCUGUGUUGCUAAAGUGGACCCUGAUUUCUGAAUUUUUAGGCUUGAGCUAGCAGUCAUCACCAGACAGGUUCAGAGCUGGUGAGGCAAGUCCAUCCCCCCUUCUUCAUGUAUCCAAAAUAAAGAAUGCCCAUUCUAAAGGCCUAAGGCAGUUGAAUAUUACUGCAAAUAGAGAAUAAUGCACCAGGAACGUAUUUGGCCCUUUAAGGUUUGAGAUCCCAAAAUAACUUCCCUUGUUCCACCUUUUAGCAGAAAACACACCCAAAACCACAUGGUUUCCUUUAGGAUAAAAAAAGGCUAAAAUAUGUGCAAGCCUCCCAAUCUAAUUUAAUAGAAAACUGUGGAUUCUAAUUCAGCUGGACGUACACAUGAAUCUGUAAUGUUUGUGUCCUAAGUAAAAGUUGUGAUUUCUGAUUAUUUUC